CUGGGGCUUCGUGCUUCGAGGGGGUUCACGCGUGGGAGCGGGUUCUGCGCGGGGUAGGCGUGUGUGGAGACGACGUGAUUUGAGGGGGCGCCUCUCGCGCUUUGGAGGGGCCGCGCGUGGGCGGUCCCGCGGCGGGGAGGCCGUGCUUGGGGGGUGCUCCCUGGUCCCCAGUGAGCUGCUACGAGGAGGGCAGAUCCUCUCGGGCUCCCUCUGCAGAGCUCUGGUCUUUCUUCCUGAACCUCGGAAUCGUUCAAAUGAAACCCAUCUCUUCCAUCACCCCACAUAAACUUUUUUCACACGGUGGCACUUGUGGAUUCCGUGCUCUGAGCCUUUUCUAGUGCAGACAGCUUCGCUAUCUCGGGUAGUUCGAGAUGACACUUGUACCUAAAUCGUCAGAUAACUUAGUCUUGUCUGUCUUGUUUUCUGGAGUCUGUUUUGACAUUCUGGAAUCAUAGAAACCUGAAAAUCCUCGAAGUUAAAUAUGCAGAUGGCUAUAUUUUCAACAGGCAUGCAUAUCUCUUUAUAUUUCCCUUAGGAUUACUUUUCAUUAAAAUUUUUCUAUGUUCAGAUUCUUUUACUUCAUUAGUAAUUAAUACCAGCACAUCCAGAUGUUUCCCAUACUUUGUAAAAAGACAGCCUUUCCUGAAGGGCCUUGGUGUGGUUGUUCUUACAGGUGUUGGUGGUUCUUCUUAGACCAGUGAAGGCUGUGAAGCUUUUCUUUUGUGGACUGUUAGAUUAAGCAAUACCUGGGCUCUUCUGGGCCAUCACCCUUUGUUUCUCUCCGUACUGGCACAGCUGUUUCUGUAGUAGAAUGUUGAACUGAACUGGGAAUUGGUCUGGCUGAAGAAGGCUUUGCUUCCUAAAAGAGUGGCUAGAUGAGUUCUCUAAUGGUGUCCAUCUGAAAAAAAAAACGAGCAGUUAUGGGAACACAGCAGGGAUUUUGGAAGGGAGGAGAAAGAGCUGGCUGCUCUGUGUGCUGGCAUAAGAAGCUCUUCUGUCAAAUGUGAAACUUGGCCUGUGUUGUAGAGGUUGUCAUCCCUCCCUGCCCACCCCUUCACUCCCUCUUUCCCUGAAGCCGUGAUUUCCUAACCAAGAUGAAUGCACGUUUACAGGUAAUUCUAGAAGCUAUGGACAUACUUUUCAGAAUAAGAGGAGGCUUGGAUCUUGCAUUUCAGCUGGCAACUACUGAUGAGGCAUCAACAAAAAAAGCAUUAGGAUAUGUUUUUAGUGAUCUUGCAAACAAGCUAUCCUCGGAUGUUCUUGUAUUCAGAAUUUGCCACAGUUCAGUCUAUGUGUGGCCUAACAGUGGUACAAACACUGUUCCAGAGUUGACUGAUGAUUCUGCUUGUAAGGAGAUAAGACGAUUUAUACAAUAUGAUCAAGAUGAUGAGACCAAACGAAAGCUUGGCAAAAAAAAGGAUAAAAAUGUACAAGAUACGCAGCAGAUAGUCAAUAUAGACCUCAUGCUGGAAAAGACGUCUUUGUUAACUCCUUUGGCUCCAGUCAUUGAAAGAGAAAACAAGGAACACCACUAUGUAAAUAUGACAUUACCAGUUGAUGUUGUUGUAUCUGUUUCUCCGGAAGAAACAUGGGGAAAGGUACAAAAUCUCCUGGUGAAAGCAAUUCACAGACAGUUAACUGACAUGGAAAGAUGUAUCAUGAAAUACAUGAAGGGAACGUCAAUUGUGGUGCCAGAACAAUUUCAUUUCAUGUUACCAGGAAAAAAUCACCUUGUAACAAUCUCAUAUCCUAUAGGUAUUUCAGAUGAUCAACUGGAAGGUUACAGAAAGGAAUUACAUGGGUUAUUCAAUCUGCCUUGUGACAGACCAUAUUUCAAGAGAGCAAAUGCUUAUCAUUUUCCAGAUGAGCCAUAUAAAGAUGGAUAUCUCAGAAAUCCACAUUUACAUCUUAGUUCCCUUGGUGCGGAGUCUGGUAUGGUUUAUUUAGUACAUGGUAUAUAUAGUUAUCACCACUAUAUGCAGGAUCGGAUUGAUGACAAUGGUUGGGGCUGCGCCUAUCGGUCUUUGCAGACAAUCUGUUCUUGGUUCAAGCACCAAGGUUACAUUGAUGCAUCUAUACCAACACACAAGGAAAUUCAACAGGCUCUGGUUGAUGCUGGAGACAAGCCUGCAGCGUUUGUUGGGUCACGGCAAUGGAUUGGUUCAAUAGAGGUGCAGCUUGUUUUGAAUCAGCUUUUUGGAAUAACAUCAAAAAUACUCUUUGUCAGCAAGGGUUCUGAACUAGCAUUGCAGGGAAGAGAGCUUGCCAAUCAUUUCAAGACUGAAGGAACUCCAGUUAUGAUUGGUGGAGGUGUUCUGGCUCACACGAUAUUAGGAGUGGCGUGGAAUGAGAUUACAGGGCACAUCAGAUAUUUGAUUCUAGAUCCGCAUUUCACCGGAGGAGAAGAUUUGCAUGUUAUUUUAGAAAAGGGCUGGUGUGGAUGGAAGGGCCCGGAGUUUUGGAACAAGGACGCCUAUUAUAAUCUCUGCCUACCUCAGCGGCCAAAAGCUAUUUAAACUCCACUCUUAUACUGGAACAUGCUGAGCCAGAAUACUAGCGGGUCUAGAUACAGUGGUUUUGUUAUUUAUAAGAAUAAUGCUGUAAGUCAAUCAAAAGCCAGUUGAAAUGUUUCUUGCCACAAAAUAAGAAUUAAAUUAAUUAUUAAAUUAAGAAAUCUAUUUUAAAUUAAACCUCUUAUUUUUAGAGUUCUCUUCUGUGAACUCCAUUUCUUACAAAUACAGUUAUUAAGUAAAUAAUCCUUUCUUCUGGCUAGGAUAGCUAUGUUUGUAUAGCAUUUUUUGUUAUGUUUUAAUCUGUAAAGAUUUUAUGUCCAAUCCUUUUAUUUUAUGAAAGUCAUUCUUGCCAAAAAAAUUAAGUGUCCUCUACCUUUCAAGUUCCACAUAGCCGGCUGUCUUGUGCACUGUGAAUCUGUUCAAAGGCAUCAUUUGCUGCUAAUGUUGUUAGUAACAGCAUUUUAGAAGAGGAGUGGGGAAAAAAUGGAUACAAGUACUGAAUUUUAGGAACUUUCUUUCUGAGUAAGUACCAGAAGGAAGGAAUGUGUUAUGUGCUCAUUUAUUUAUAGCUGUAGGGAUACAACUAUUCUAGAGGAAAAAAAAAACAACAGUCUUCUGUAUGAAGUAAAAAUAAACGAGCUUUUCUCCUUCUCAGGAAACAAUGUGCCAGCAUACACAGCUGGCUGCUCCACGCAUAGUCCAUCCAGUCUUAUUUCUACAGAUGUCACAUUCCCCUUGAUGUCAUUUUGUGAUUACAAGCUAUUUCUUUUGUCAGACAGGACAGAAUAUCUCUCAUAUGAACAAACCAGAAAAAGUCCGUAGCUGCUGUAUCAGUAAAAGUACCUGUAAUUUCUUUCAUUCCUCAUGUUAAAGUAGCCUUUUCAGUGGCAUUUUCCCAAGCACUAUCCAUUUUCAAUACAACUAUAACCUUAAAUAUAUAUGCUUUUUAAUACAACUGUAACCUUAAAUAUAUAUGCAAGUUGAUCCUUACUAGCAGGCUUUGAGAUGUAUCUAUUACUUUAUUUAUUUACUUAAAUACUAAAAGCAUUAAAAAAAAUGAAAAAUUGUAAUACAGCAAUAGUACUACACAUCAUCUCAUCUC